GUUCCUGGCGGUGAGGACAAGGUUCCUGGCGUUGAGGACAAGGUUCCUGGUGGUGAGGACAAGGUUCCUGACGGUGAGGACAAGGUUCCUGGCGGUGAGGACAAGGAUCGUGGUGGUGAGGACAAGGUUCGUGGCGGUGAGGACAAGGUUCCUGGCGGUGAGGACAAGGUUCCUGGCGCUGAGAACAAGGUUCCUUGCGCUGAGGACAAGGUUCCUGGCGCUGAGGACAAGGUUGCUGCCCCUGAGAACAAGGUUCUUGGCGCUGAGGACAAGGUUUCUGGCGCUGAGGACAAGGUUCUUGGCGCUAAGGACAAGAUUCCUGGCGCUGAGGACAAGGUUCCUGGCGGUGAGGACAAGGUUCCUGGCGCUGAGGACAAGGUUCCUGGCGCUGAGGAGAAGGUUCCUGGCGCUGACGACAAG